GUAGAAUCCAAAACCGUAAAAUAAAUAUAUAAAAAAAUAUUAUACGCUUGUGGAACUGAAAACCACUAAACACUAUUUAUUUUUUAGAGAAAAAUUAAAUUGCAGUAUGAAAAUUAAAAUUAUCUAGUAUUAUUGUAAACCGUACGUGUGAUAUUCGUGCAGAUGAAUAAAUUUGAAUCUAAAAAUGUUGUGCGACUUAAAUUUUAGGCAAAAUUAGGUGAAUACAUAAUGGAUGCUACGGCAUCUAAAGUACGGAAUGCCGAAGCAGAUUUGUUUGGUCUUUAUCUAAAAAUUGAGAACGCGACGUAUCCACCAACAAUAAAACAAAAAAAAACAGUGAUUAAGUAUACGAAACUGUCGGACGACAACAACUCUAAAGCAUCAAGGAUGCCUCAAGGUUACAUUUUAGAACCCAGGUUCAGAAGAGUAAUAGCAAUUGAGGAGCCAAACAUUAGCACGCGAAGGUCUCUAAAGUCAGAUGUUGCAAUACCAUCUACUGUAAUGGCUUCUGAUAUUUGUAAACGAAAAAUUGUCACAAUAGAAGAAGAUGAUGAAUAUACAAGCUAUUAUCCUAAAUUCUCACACCAUGUAAGAAAAUCUUAUACAAAUGCAAUUAACAGAGCUGUUGAAGCUAAAGAAGAAAAGCCAAUAUCACAACAAAGAAUAUCAAGAUUAACAUAUAAUUCCAAAAACUCAAAAGAUGUAAAGUCAAAUACAAAAUCCAACAAAGCAAGUGUUGCAAAAGAGUUAAGUUACAUUAAAUCAGAAAAUAAGUACAAAAUAUCAAGAGGAAACAAUGAAAGUGAAAAAUCUUCACGAGGUGCAAAAAAAUUUUAUGCACCCCCUAUUUAUAAAAAUUCAGGAAAAGUUGACAAUGAAUUACCAGUUUUUCAAAAUAAAUCUAAAAAAGAAUGUUUGUCAAAUGUUUCCCUUAAUAGUAGAACCAAUGUGAAAUCUCCUAAGUUGAAACAAAGUAGUAUAUCUAUAUUAAAAGAUACAAAGAUGAAACACGCGCUCGUUCCUGUAAUACAUGUUCCACUUGAUAAAAAGCUACCCACGAAAGAUGUUGCUACUGAAAUGUCAGAAGAUAUAUUAAAUUAUUCUGUAACUAAAUUCCAUACAGUGGACUCUUGUGUCCAAGUUACUGAUGACACCAAUUUUGAAGAUACAAGUGUAGGUACAGUUUUACUAAACAAAGUGGAUCAAGGAACUGAAGUAGUUAUAAAUAAUGUGGAUCAGGGAACAGAAAUAUUGUUAAACAAAGUGGAUCAGGAAAUCGAAGUAGAUCAAAAUUUAAUUAGAAAUAAUAUUAUUAAUGAUAUAAAAAAAUCAUUUGAUAGUCUUGAUAUACCAAAUGUAAGCUUAAUUAAUAAUAUUAAAAGUGAUCUGCCCAAAGAAGAUAUAGACGUUAUGAAUAAGGAAUCAGAUGCUCUGGAUGUUCCGAUCAAUUUAGUGUCUCCGGCAGAUAUAAAUAAUUUUAAGGAGUCUAAUCUUCAUAAAAAAUCUUCUUAUUUUAUUAGCAGAGCAACUUUAACAUAUACUACAAAACAAAAAAUUAAUUUUCAUGUUAUAGGCAAUAAUAAGGUAUUGCAGGCUCAUGCACCUUCUAGUCCAUUAGCAUAUCCUAUGAAUGUUGUUUCGGUAUAUAAAAAUGAAAAAAAAAAUCAAGAAAACCAUGAUAAUAACAGAAAAAUACAUCACAAAUAUGAAGAUGAAAACGAUGAACACGAAAAUGAUAAAUCAUACAUUGAAUUAGAACACUCAUCUGGUUCAACCUCUGUUAACGGUUCAUAUGUCUAUGAUAGUGAAAAAUUAGUAAAACCUUCGGAGAUAAUUAGUUCAAUCCAAAUUAAUAAUAGUUUGUUACACAGUGACUACAUCUGUGAACAAUUCCAAAGAGAGCUCAACUUCAUUGACUCAUUUUUUGAGUCUCUCCAGUAUUUAGAGAGUUGUUCUUUAUCCGAAAAGUGUAUUGGCGAAAAUGAUGAUUGGAUGAAAGUUGAUGAAUGGAUAAAUAAUAGUGGAAAUGAAUUCAAACAUUUAGAGUUUGGGUCAUUUUUAUCGAAGUUCGAGAAUGAAAUUAAUAUUGACGAUUCGAAAACAAUGGCAUCCAAGAGUCUUUGUCUGCUCAAUUUACUCAUUCGCGAUGAGCAGAGAAGAGCCAAAAAUCUCUUAUUUGUCCUGAAAAUGCGAGAAGAUGCUUUAAAAGAUUUUACUAAAUCGCAAAUAUUGUGGCUGGAAAAUAAAAAGAAGCAAGAUAAUACUGAUAUAUCUCAACUGAAAAAAAAACAACGUGGUGCUUUGCUAAAGCUGCAGCAUGAAUGUGGUGAAAUGCAACGUAUGCGCAAAGCUUUGUUAACGUUAUCCGAAAGGCGCAAAUUGGCACUUAUAAAAACAAAAAAGAACAUUGAAAUCAAAUUAAGAAACAGUGUGGAUGUAGAACAAAUUAUUUUGGGCAAAAAGAAAUUGAAACGAAGUUUUUCGAGUGAUCGCAACAUAGCACCCCUUAAAUGUUUCGAAUUGUCGAGCAGUGGAUGUGAUGAUAGCACUACCUCUCGAUCGCGAUCCGCCACGUCCGUUAAUAUAAAUCAAACUAUUCCCAAAAGCAUUACGAGUGCCGAAAAGUGCGUCCAAACCAGUGACGGGACUCUAGAAACAAUCUGUAUGGACCGCUCAACAGAAACCGGUGACAAGAACUUCAUAGUUGUAGACGGUGGUUACCUUAAUAUACUUUUUCAUAAUUUAUCACCUGAAAUAUUUAGUAGUGAUAAACAAUAUGAAGUAAAUAAAGAGGCGUUAAAUAAUAUCGUGCACACAAGUAACCUGCAACAUUUCAAUUGGAACACCGACAUCGUCAUUCAAGCAUUAAUGGAUCAAAUAAAAACGAACGAGUUGGAGGACCCUAAUACGCCGUCGACCGCUCAUAGUCUUGUUGAAGAGUUAGACCAUAUCUACAAAAGUUUGGACGAGGAAAAGUCGCCUGACGAUGGUACUGAUCAGGCUCAAAAUGUUGUAAUCGAUGAGUUUAAUAGUUCACGGGCAACUGAAGAUAGUGACAAUUUCCAAAAUAUAUGCUUGCAAGAUAACAACGAGAGUUUUCAUAAUAUAUGCUCCCAAGAUAAUGAGUUAGUGAGUUUUCCGAGUGAUUCAUCCAUAGAUGAAUCCUGUACAUGUGAACCACUGAUGGUGUCUGAAGAAUCACAUACAACGAUGGAUAAAGUUGCCGUUAGCGUUUCGGGUCCUUUACCCGUUCCGGCGGGAGCUGCAGCCCCAUCCGAUGAUACAACUUGGGUGUCACAAAAUGCACCAACUACGAUUUUGCUUGUUGACGACAGUAGUAGACUCGAACUAGUCCCAAGCGAGUCGUCAUUGACUUCACCUGUCAACUGUGAAGCUGAAGAGUUAAGACGACAACAACUUGCAAUAGAAAGAGAGAUUAAAGCGCUAGAGCAGCAGCAGUGUCAGUUAUUAGCAGUAAGAGAAAUACCUGACAAGCCGCCACCUCCUUACACGCCGCCAUCAGAAUCCAAAGGGUCAAAACCUAUGGGGAAAUAUUCCGUUGACAGCAUAGUAGAGGAAAAGAUACGCAACUUCUUCCCCGAUCCCAAGAACGAUGAAGGCGAUUCUAUGGACCCCUUUGAUGUGUUCGUCAAGGAUUUCUGUCUGGACUCCAUAGAAAGGCACAAGAUGGAGCAGAAUCAGAAAUAUUGGGAUACAUGUAACUUCCCUCCAUCGAAACCCCAAGUUACCACUGAAAAGUUGAUCGAGAGAACCACGGCGGAGUUUAAACAAGUCCUUACCUGUGUUCCACCAACUGUUGUAUCAGGUGUCGGGGCAAGGCGAUCAGAUCACAUUGAUGACAUACUGUUCGCCGAGUGGCGACGAUGCGAGCCCGAAUGGACAUCACUGCAUGCAGACGAAGUCAUCGUCAAAAACCAAGUGUUUGAAAGUAUUUUCCAGAAACUUCUCUCUGAGACUAUCGAUGAGUACAAGCAAAAUGUCCUCGAGCCCAAGGACUAAUAUCUGAAUUUUGUGAAAUUGUUGUGCAAUUUUAUAAUAAUACAUGACAGUAAACGCUUAUGUUAAUGUAUAAUUAUUAUUUAUUGUGAUUUUGCGCUUUUGCAUGCAUAUUUAUAAUAUACAAUUGUGUCAGUUUGAAUAGUGUCAGAAAUUCAAUUCUUUACACAUUUUUUUGGUGGUUUAUGGAUUUUUCUCACGCUUUUACUGUUGUUUUUUUAUUAUCUGUCUAUACGUUAAGAGUAAAAUAUUCUUAUUUCAGGAAGAACUUUUAUUAAUUUUGAUAAUUGGGGAGAUAUAAAUAAGGGGAGCUUGUAAAAGUUAGGAAAUUUACAAACAACACAUCACAGUACAAGUAAUGUAAUAUAUAAUGUAUAUAAAAUAAAUAUUUAAACUAUUUGUAUAUUAGGAGCCGUAAGAAUAAUUGACAUUUUGCAACUUGCUCACAAAGAGCUCAUUAUAUGUAUAUUAAGUUAUGGGUAAUUAUAAAAGUAUCAAUUAUCAUACACUUAAGUUUACCUAGGUAUACACAAGGCAAGUAUUUACCCAAGCCUUUUGGGUAAAGUCUGAAAAUUAAAUCAACUUUAUUUUUAGUUCUGGAUUUCAGGGACGCUAACACUUAGGUCCACCUAACAGUGACCCAGUCACUAUUUGAUGUAUUAUUGUAGGAAAUAAUAAUCUGAGAGUUGGGAUAGGCAGGGAGAGUGACGUGACGUGGAAAGGAGAGUGUUUGUUAACAGUCAAAGGCGUCUUUAACCCUACACACAACGUUCACAAGUUCGUGACUCCACUCAAGGUCAUUCUCUGCCAUUCUAGGGUCUUAUUUUGGUUACAGUUAUAUAUUAUAAUAUUAGUAUGGAUUUCUGUUUAAAUUUGGCUACGCCAGAAGACUUAUUCAGUCAUUCUUAUUCAACCACUUUAGAAAAACACUCCAGUAAGGGAAGACUGCAUGGAAUUGUGGUGCCCCAAUGGCCAAUUUUCAUAUUGCCAAGUGACCAUGACGAAACCUGGCACCCGGAAGUGAAAAGAUCAUUUAUCCAACCAGGUCUAUCAUAGAUAGACCUUUGUGUAUACAGGUAAACGCCGAAUUCAAGUUAAUGUUCAAUUUUCCGUUUUUUUUUUAAUUCUAGGUAUACCCAGGUAAACUUGGGUAAACUUGAGUUAACAUUACCCGUAACAUAACUUUGUUUCACUCAAGUAUUGUUUUCAAAUUUUGCAUAGGUUUAUUUUGAAGUUAUAUUUUCGAGUGUUUUGAUUAUUUUUAUUUUGUUGUGAUUACGGCGUUAUUUCCCAAAAUUAAAUAUACAUACUGUACACAAACUGGCCACUAAAUAAUCAUUUAUUGAAUAUCAAUAAUUGAAAUAGGAAUAGAGAUAUAAAUUUUUUUUAAAAUAUACUGAUGUGAUAGUGAUUUGAUACUAUUUUUACAAAAAACUUGAAUUAUUUCCCCUUUUCACUAGUUAGUUACUAUUUAUUGAUUUAAAAUUACACUUACUAGUAUUUAAAACCUUUUUAAAGAUUUUUCUAUAAGCAAUAAAACGUCACAUAAAGUACUAAAUUAUUUAUUUAGAAAUAGUAAUAGAAAUGAACAAAAUAUCACAUAUCUCUUACACUUUAAUCUGACUAAAUGUUUUAUAAAUAUUUAAAUUAAUACAGAUUUUCAACUUAAAAAUUGUUAUAUAUCAUAGCUUAACAUUACAUUUAAAUAAGGGAUAAUAAUCAAAAAGUUAUGCCUAAAUGUUCAUUAUACUUCUGGCAUUAUACUAUAUUUAUUAUAAUUAUGGCAUUAUAUCAACAAUUUUAUAUAAACAACUAGUAAGAUGUUAUAUUUUUAAAUUAAAUACGUUAUUAUGUUAGGGUAAUUAUGCUUUAUAUUUAUUUUCAGUUAAAAAAAAUAUUUAAGGGUGGUUUAAAUAACGAUAAUAUACAUCACUGAUAUUUAUAUCUGCCAUAAAAAUAACUUUUACGGCGAGUUUUCUCUGACCGCUUCGGUUAAAGGCGAUGCUUCAUUAGUGCGUUGCGUGAUCACAACGCAGUGUAAGCCACUCAUGCAUUGCGUUGUCACAUAACGCAGUGCAAGAAGACGACGCACGCACCCGGUCAACAAUGCAUACAAAACAAAAUGAGCCCUGUCCGUCGAACGUACAAUCGUCGCUUGCGGCGACGCCACGCAGUAACGUGGCAUGCCAUUUGAAAUAUAUGGAAAACGACGCAGCGUCGUUGCAGAGAUGUCGCAACGCACUAAUGGGGCAUCGCACUUACGUCUUAUGUGUAUAUAACUGUACUGAAAAAUCAGCCCUCCGACAAACGUGCAACUCCAAACACAUAAAUUGAAAGUGCUGUUAGUCUAAUAUAGUUCAAGGGCUUGUUCACAUAGACUGGCUUGAAAAGCAUGGCAAAUUUUACAGUUUUUAUGCUAAAUUUAAUAUACAUUUGCGCAUUUGUCUGUUGCAUAAAUAAAACGAUAACUUGUCUCUAUUUCUGAAAAUAUCGUAAUGACUCAUUAUUCAGGUUUCACGCUAUUAAAUUAUACAGGAUGCUGAGGAGUAUUUCCCAUAACAUAACCCAUAACUCUGGGGUUGGAUUCUUCCGAAAAUUAAUUAAAAAUGUUCAUGGAACAUGUGAUCUAAAAUUAAUAUUUUCAGGGUAGAUAAUAUUUUUUUUGGAAACAGAUCUUAAGAUGUGUCCCUUAUACGCAUACUUAUAAUUUUGACGUAACCAAGUUUAACGUAUUUUAAAAUGCAAAAAUAGAUAAAGGCGUGUGUUACAUGGAUAGUCGGAAUUUUUUAAAUUACUAUUUUAGCUAAAAAUAUAUUAGUUAUGCAGUUCGGCACCUAUAAGUGGACUCGUCAAAACCUUGAAGUUACGGGAAAUACUCCCGAGCACCCUGUAUAUAUUUAUACAUUGUUUUUAGCAGACCAUUAGUUAUACGUAUACAACAACUGUCAUAUGAGUUUACAAAAGAUGAAGCCCAAGGGUUGUAGCCCAAUUAGUGGCAGUAUUAUGGUAGUCAAUUUGAUUUUGUCCCAAGUUAUGCCUGAGGGCUAGUAUUAUUAUAAAGUAUACACUUCUUGAAUUUACCAUUUUUGAACCAUUUAUUUAUUCAAAACAAGACAAAUCAAAGUACAGUUGCUUUUACCUUUGGGAACAUCUGCAUUUAACAAUGAGAUAAAUAAAUAAUAAUUUAUUAUUAUUAUCAUAUUUUAAAGUCCCAGUUACCUGUUAUUGUUUCACAAAAACGUAUGCACUUUACUGGGGUGUUAUGACCACUGAAGUGUUUUCAGAUAGCAUGGGUACGGUGACAGUUCGAUUCAUUAUUGAAAGUUUGCCGCGAUUCACGAUAAUGUCACCGUACUCAUGCUAUCUGAAAUACACAUUAAUACUGACCUAGUGGUAGAGGUACGUCACUUAAUGACGUCACCUAUAAAAUGGUGUUAAUUCAGCUCACAAUACAACAAUUUUUCAACUCUAUAAUUAUUAGUUGUGACGAGGUUGUAACUCAUUUUUAGAGCUAGGUGUUGCUAAGUUUUGUGAACUGAAUUGGCACCCGUGGCCAUAAUCAGUGGCGUGCACAAGGUUUUUAACUAGGGUAUGCACUAUAGGUACAAAUUGUACAAAAUAGAAAAAUUCGUCCUCCAAUAUAGGUCCUCAGGGUAUGCAUUGUGUUUAUGUGUGCACGCCACUGGCCAUAAUAUAUUACUAGUAUCCUCCUGAAUUGCGACGACAAUAUUAUUUGUCGGUUGCACUUAUACAGUAUCAGUCGUCGGCUUUGAGAAUAGAUUCUAGUGGAUUGGGUCCUUUUCUCCUAGGAUUAGAAGGAACUUUGGUGGUCUCGGCUGUAAGGAAUUAAUUUUACUGUCAAUAAUAUAAACUGUAAAUAAGAUAAUUUCGAAAAAUUAUUUAAGAAACAAUAUAAUGGAAUAUUAUUAACUAGUGCGAUUGAAAUAUUAUAAACUAGUGGACCCGGUCAAGCUUCGCUUUGACUACUGUGCGCUUCUUCCCUACCCUCCCCUACUCCCAUCCUACCCCUACUUUACCUCUACUCUACCCCUACCCUACCUCUGUGUAUCGAUUUUUAGCUACCUACCUUGAAAACUGCGUAAAGUCUCAUAUAAAAUUUCACUUAAAAAAAAUAUAAUCACGCACGGUUUUUUUUAGUCACAAAUAGCACUGCAUACCAAUUUUUAGCUUUCUACCUUGAAAUUUGCAGAAUGCUCCAUACAAACUUCCACCCCACAUUUUAGGGAAGUGGAGGGUUAGAAAGAGUCAAAAAGUAGCCUACGGCACUCUCCAUCCUUUCAACUAUUUCCACUUAAAAAAUCACGUCAAUACGUCGCCCCGUUUUGCCGUGAAAGACGGACAAACAAACACACACAUCACAAACAUUUAUAAUAUUAGUAUGGAUUAUGCUUACUAGAGCGGCCCAGCGACGCUUGGUUCAUCUCUAAGCACGCCAUCCACUCUGUUAUACUGAUUUUGGAGUCGUGGUUAACAUCACAAUAUCGGGGCAACUUUCGGCCGCAUCUCCUCAGUUGUUCCAUGUUAGCUAUCAGUUGGUGGAACGCUUUCCACUCUCGUCUUUCUAAAGCUUUGUUUUUGUCCUUGUCCAGCAUCACGUAAGUCCACGUGGCCGCUUGUUCUUCCUUUGACGCACCCCAUUUCACCAUGUCACUGGAUAGGGAAACCAUUACCAAUGUAAUUUUAUAACAAUUCCCGUGUCAAAUCCUAAUAUUAUCUAAUAACUAAACUUAACGCUUCAUAAUUAAAUUUUUUAUAUCUGAGAGAUCAAUGAAACUACAAAACUUUGAUUAUUUAUCAGGGAUUGUUAAAGCCUUAUCUACUUCGAAAUUGUUUUAAGGCGAAUUUACAUUUGUCUGACGUGACGUGUUGUGACGCAUGAGGACAGAAUCGGUAUCAUACAUUUUGUAUGACAACGUUUACACUGUGUUGUGACAUGUCGUGAUGGCUUCUGAUGUGCUGCAUACAAAAUGUAUGAAACUGGUUCUGUUAUGAUGCGUCACAACACGACAAGUCAGACAAAUAUAAAUCCGGCUUUAGAUUCUAUUAACCAGUCGAGAUAUCAAAAUAUACUCCUCGAUUACGGAGCCUGAAGCCAUGUGACACGUCGAUUCCCUUUCUACAAACGUUAACGCUUUGAAAAUUAUAUAAAUGUAUGGGACUGACGUUCAUUACCGGCAGGUCACGUGAUCAAAUUGUCGAUCGGAUCUUUCAUGCCCAUACAUAUUUUAAUACCGUUAUCGUUUGUAGAAAGGUAAUUGACGUGCCACAUAACUACAGGCCCUGCAUAUAAAUAUACAGUCUGGAUGAUGUUUUUCUAUUUGUAUAUUAUAUACAUUGUAUUGCUUUAACUUUUUUUUUUUGCUAAACUCGAGUUUAGACUUUACAAUUUCAUUUUAUAACUUGUCAUAAUAAUUUAAUUAACAAAGUCAGGUAUAAAUUAAGUGUGUUUGUGUAAUAUCAAUGUAAUCCAAAUAAAUUAAGUAUAUAUAGUUAAAAUAAAUUUGGAUGUGUCCAUAAGAGUAGUAUUGAAAUGUAUUAUUGUCAUAGUUAAUAACACAUAAUAAACUUAAACCAUUAAUGCACAAACCACACAAGUAAAGUGAAGAAAGUUGCGUAAUACAGAACGAUUUUUAAUGCAAAGCCUUGGUUUCUACCGCCAGUGAUACUAUUGAAUCAUUAUUUAUUAGUUUCAUCUAUAUCUAUACUUAUAAUAGCAUUUCCAAUUCUGUACAUUGAACACUGACGCAAAAAAUAUAGUUUUUGUAAUUUUUCUGUCUGUCUGUCUUUUUGUAAAGCCGGAUUUUUAUUUGCCUGACGUAUCGUGUCGUGACACAUCAGAACAGAAUCGGUAUCAUACAUUUUGUAUGGCAACGUUUACACUUAUGUGUUGUGACAUGUCGUGAUGGCUUCUGAUGUGCCGCAUACAAAAUGUAUGAAAGCGAUUCUGUUCUGAUGCGUCACAACACGACACGUCAGACAAAUAUAAAUUGCAUAAUGCCAGAACACUGAAUAAAUAAAGUAAAACUUGGCAAGAAUGUUACAAAUAAAUAUUAGUGAAGUGCUAUAUAUUAUAUUUUGCAUUGAUGUUUACGGUUUGAUGUUGUGUUUAACUAAAGCUUGUUGUUGUUAUUAUCUGUGUUAAAUGUAAGUAUAUACAGUUUGUCUUACCCAGGCCCUGUUCCAUUGAUGGAAGUCGUCAUUUUGGACACGAAAAAACUCAACAAAUCCUUUAAGAAAUGAGUCUUCAUAGGUUCAGGACAUCCUGAAAAUAUAAAAUAGGUUAUUUUUGUAUCCUUUUAGUGUAAUAGUCAAAUCAUCAAAUGUGAUGUGCACAAUGUUGGUGUUUAAAUUCGACAGAGAGUAAUCUCAUUAGGUUAUAGGGCCUUGAAAAAUUAACUCUAUUUAUGUAGAGUUACUUUGUCGUUGUUUAUUUUUUUUUUACUAUCUCGUGCCGGGCAUCUUAGGCCUAUUGGAUGAUCAUUUACUUUUUUUAUUUCGCCUCGUUGGCCUUACAAUAUUUAAUAAUAGUUAAUAUGUUUAUUACAAAUAUACUACAAAAGUCUGAUUACAAAUACACUGUAGCGUUUAAUGAUAUAAGAUUAAUGAUAAAAUGGUUGCUUAUUUCGAACUGUGCAUUUUCAUAUUUAGUUUUAUUUAUACUUAGUAAUUAAACCUAGUCUUUACGAUUUGUAAUACAACAAUACAUAUGUUUGAAAAGUUAAAGCUGCUUUCGAAUAGUGCGUUCAUAAAAAUACUACUUGAAGAUUGCUUUAAUAUUUUUCACACAAUGGUACCAAUUGAGUCAAUUACGACAUAUUUGUUGCAGGACCAGGCUCCGUACUAUGCGAAUGCGAUCACAAUAAGAAUUGAAAUGUCAGUGACCUAGACCGUCACUUGAAAAUUACUGUUUGCAAGGAAGUUGUAUUAACAAUUUUGUUUUUUAUGUCGGCCUCCGCGGCGCAGUAGUAUGCGCGGUGGAUUUACAAGACGGAGGUCCUGGGUUCGAUCCCUGGCUGGGCCGAUUGAGGUUUUCUUAAUGGCUCCAGGUCUGGCUGGUAGAAGGCUUCGGCCGUGGCUAGUUACCACCCUACCGACAAAGACGUACCGCCAAGCGAUUAAGCGUUCCGGUACGAUGUCGUGUAGAACAAGCUAACAAGUUAGCCCGCUUUCAUAUUAGAUUGUAUCACUUACCGUCAGGUGAGAUUGUAGUCAAGGGCUAACUUGUAGGGAAUAAAAAAAAAACAUUGUAACGAUGUACAUUACUGCCAGUCCUCAUUUACUAAAUGUCAAAAGCUUUACAUUAACCGGUAUUAUUAACCUAUUGUUGUUUACAAUCGUUGAUAGUGAAAAUGUGCCUGCAUUUUGUGGUUAUUCAUAGUUAAGCAAGUUCCUUUAUAUAAGUAGCACUGUUGAUCGAUGUCGCAUAAAUCAAACAUGUCUACUAUUACAUUUGUCAAAAAUAUAAGCAUGUUUUUCAUAAA